AUGAUCUCUUCAUCUCACUGCAUCCUAUGUUCUCCGGAAACUGUCCAUCGUUACCAUCGCUCAAUGAUCAGUGCUGCCUCCAAACAAGCCGUACGCACUCUGCCUGUGCAGAGAUUUGCAUCUGUGGGGCUGCGUUCCGCUGGUCGUUUUUAUUCCUCGAAAACUGGCUCAGAAACGGGCUCGAAACCAAGCGGUAACCGGGGCAAGAUUUUGGCACUUUUGGGAGCCUUAGCCGUGGGUUCCACCAUUGCAUCGAUAUCUUACCAGAAAAAUGGGCCUGUAGAGUUUGUUGAGAAGGGCAAAGUCGCCGAAAAGCCAGGCAAUGACGAAAAACCCAAGACCGGUUCUCCUGCGUUUUCGGAAAAGGAUGUGUCUGUAAUUUUCGUUUUGGGUGGCCCAGGUGCUGGUAAGGGCACUCAGUGUGCGAAUCUGGUUCGUGAUCAUCAUUUUGUGCACCUUUCAGCAGGCGAUCUGCUACGUGCUGAACAAAAACGUGAGGGCUCCAAGUACGGCGAGUUGAUCAAACAUUACAUCAAGGAGGGCUUGAUUGUGCCACAAGAAGUCACCGUGGCGCUUCUCAAACAGGCCAUUCAGGAAAACUUUGACAAAGGCAGCAAAAAGUUCCUCGUAGACGGAUUUCCCAGAAAAAUGGACCAAGCGAUUACCUUCGAAGAACAGAUUGUGCCCAGCAAGUUUACGCUUUUCUUCGAUUGUCCCGAAAAGGUCAUGCUCCAGCGUCUGCUUGAACGUGGAAAGACCAGCGGCAGAAGCGAUGACAACGUCGAGUCCAUCAAAAAACGGUUCGCUACUUUCAUCGAUACAAGUAUGCCUGUAGUGGAGCAUUUUGAAAAACAAAACAAAGUGGUCAGCGUCAGCUGUGACCACAGUGUCGACCAAGUUUACGAACAAGUUAAUGCUGCUGUUCGUGACAAGAUCGGCAAUUAA